AAAUAAUCAUCCGGUUCAUAUCAUGCAAACCUUUACCUUAUAAAGUACUGCCUUUCUCAAAUGAGGUAAAUCAAAUUUGCAACAUGGUGGCUUUAAUAGGAGCUUCUUUGAUUGUGCUCAACGGUUUGUUAUGUGUGCUAGCUAUACCAGAAGGAAAACGAUAUGGAAUGGAAAUAAAGACGUCUAAUUGGCUGUUUGCCGGCACUGAUAGCAGCAUAUGCUUUCGAUUGGCUGGAUACAAAGAUGGCCAAGGAAAAAAAUCACCAUGGAAAUGUGUGUCUGGAAAAGGUGGUGUUUACGAAAGAGGAAGUAUUGACCAUGAAGAGCUGUUAUCUCCACAAGAUUUUGAUGGUUUAUCAGGUGUAGAAGUACGAGUCAGAAAAGCGCAAGGAAGCGGAGUUAUUGACCACUGGAAACUUGCAUGGAUACGUAUACAAUACAAUCAAACAACUUAUCGCGCUUUCUUUUACACUACAUUUAAGAAACAUAUGCAAAUCAAAUCAUCAUACGAAAUUACAUUAGAGGAUUGCCCAGCAGGAUUUCAUGCAAUAAAUGAUGGAAAAGUUGACCUAUGCAUAGAUCGCAACGAGUGCGAAGAAUAUUGCAACAAGCCAGCUCAAAUUUGUGAAAACAUUCCAGGUGGAUACAUCUGUAAGUGUCAAGAAGGAUUUGAACCGAUCGGAGACUCCUGUGAAGAUAUCAAUGAAUGUUACCAUCCAAAUUAUACUGAUUGCUAUGGUCAAAAAAAUGCUCAUUGCGUGAACACGAUGCCAGGGUAUACCUGUGAAUGCAACGAAGGAUAUGCUGGAUUUCCAUGCCAAGACGUUAAUGAAUGUGCUUCAAUCGAUCACAAUGAUUGUGAACAAAUAUGCAAGAACACAAAGGGAAGUUAUAAGUGCCAGUGUAAAAAAGGUUUCCUACUUGCUGCAGACGGCAAAAGUUGUAUAGAGGCAAGAAAGUGCAAGUACAACCCGUGCAACGAAACAACUUCGCGCUGUUUUGAUAUUAGUGGAAACUAUGAAUGUCAAUGUAAAGAAGGUUACGUCAAAAGAAAUGCAACAGUUGAUCAAGAAUGCAGUCCUCGCAAGUGUUUCCCAUUGACCCUCACAGAUAGUCAAGUAACCGUUUCUCCUAAUUCGUGUUUAACUCCUGGAGCAAAACAUUACGGAGAUACAUGUAAAUUUAGUUGUCACAUUGGAUACACUCUGCACGAGAAUAGUGCUGAUACUAUGGUGUGUGAUGCCAAUGGAAUUUGGACCUCGUCUUCCGGCACAAAAUCUGUCACACCCAACUGUAUUCCAACACUCUGCCCCAAACUCCAAACAAUAGAAGAUGGCUACUUGGUGCCGUACAGUUGCACCAAAACAGGAAUACAGCAUGGUGGCUCGUGUACGUAUUAUUGCAACAAUGGUUACAAACUGGUUGGCAAUCAUACUGUAAAAUGUAACAAUAAAGAAUAUGUGGAUUAUGCAAAGCCUCACUGUAUUCAAAUACCAAAGAUCGAGUGUCCAGAGGAUGUUGCGAUCAGUUUACCGAUAAAUAAAAAUAAAGUCUCGUUAGGCGCUGCUUACAUUGGCGUAAUUUCUAAUAUGGAUGACAAAAACAUCAGAUCCAAUCCACCUUACGUAAGCGCAGACUACGAAUUUCCUCUUGGACACACUACAGUUAAAAUGUUUGCAAAAAAUGAAGUAGGCGAUGAAGCUAGCUGUACAUAUCGCGUACACGUUAAAGAUACCAGUCCACCAGUGAUAAAGCACUGUCCACAAGAUAUGUUGUACACAACAAAGGGGACUGGUAAAGUGUUUGUCAAAUGGAAGGAACCAGAGUUUGUUGAUAAUAUUGGAAUAAAGAAAAUCCGACAAACACAAAAAAAUAAUGAAUAUUAUCCACCGACAUCGUUUAAUGUGUUGUACGACGCCGUAGAUGUAAACGGUAAUUUGGCGACGUGCGAAUUUACUGUUGUAAUUAAAGUUAUUACUUGCUCGUUUGACUGCAUCGAGGGUGGAGAUCAAACUAUUUUAAAAUAUUGCACUUCAAUGAGUCCAGUAAGCGCAUUUUGUACAGCGCAAUGUCCAGAUGGAAAGGUUUUCCACCAGUCACCACCUUUCGGGAUGAAAAACGCUUGGAUGUGUUUUGAUGGAAACUUUCAAGGCGUUGAGAGAAUUCCUGACUGUGUUGAUAAAAUCCCACUACCGCAGGGGGACAAAAAGUGUCCCAGAGGAAGUGUUAUGACGUACGACUAUAGAGACCAAAGUGGGACACCAAAAUGCGGUAAAUGCCCGCGUGGCACUCAACACGUGAAAGAUAAAUGCGUCUCUUGUCCUAAACAUACUUAUCAAGAUGAGGAAGGUCAAGUAGCUUGUAAAAAAUGCCCCAUGGGAUUUGGGACGAAGAAGACGCGAAAUGUAAACCAGGAUGCAUGUAUAGGAAUGUGUCCGGCUGGAUUUCAUUCGCCUACUGGUUUUGUUGACUUUCGGAAUGGAGGUUGUAUUGCUUGUGAAAAGGAAUUCUACAGUUAUGGAUAUGGUUCAACAGCCUGUACUCGGUGUCCCGAAGGAACGUCUGCUCAAAAUAAAGGAGCCAUAUCAAGAACUGAGUGUUUAGAAAUGCCCAAGUCAUUGGCAGCUGUACCAAGCAUAUACGUCACAGUGUUGGCGGGAAAUAACGUAACAUUUUCGUGCGUGUCUUACACACAACCGCCACAAAAAUUAGAAUGGAAUAUCAAACCGUUAGUGUUUCCAGGGGGUUCAAGAUUUACCCACCAAGUUACUGAUUCUCCUUCACAACGGGUGUUAAGCUACACAAUAACCGAUGCCAGUCCUAAAGAUUCGAGAAAGUUUACCUGUGAAGCCACUGAUGUUUUUGGUGCACGCUCCUCCAUUGUUAUCAACGUUCGUGUUGUUCCAUUACGUAAGCAGUGAAUUCAUGUAUAACCACAUAGAAGGUUUAUAUUGGAAAUAAAUACGAAAAACACAGA